UCCGUCAUGUCAACUGAAGUCCCUCCGUCCCUUGAUAAAUAAACAAAUGUGUAUUUUUGUAUUGUAAUAUUAUUUAUUUUGUAGCUCUACAUUAUUCUUGAUCAACAAAAUGAUGAUUCCUACUUGUUUAGUUAAAAUUUUAGAAUUGAUGCUGUCAGUGGCGUGCGUGGCGCUGCUGGCGCUGAGCUACGACCUGACGGACCCUCCGUCGCUGCUGCUGGCCGCCGGCACCUACGGCGGCUACGUCAUCGUGCUCUCCGGGGAGAUCAUCGGCGAGCUCACCUUCGCGCCUCUGGACCUGGUGCAGGACAUGUACCUGAGCGCGCUGGGCGCCGUGCUGUUCGCGACGAGUGGCGGCAUGACGCUGGCGGCGCGGCUGCAGGGCGACGCGCCGCGGGCCCCGCGCACGGGCGACGCCGCGCUGGCGACGGCGGGCGGCGGCGUGGCGCUGGCGGCCGCCGCGCUGCUGGCGCUCGACCUCGUGCUGGCGUAUCUAGACUCCGAGGAGUAUGACGAGGAAGCCAGUGUGUAGAUAGGUGAGUUUAUAUCGGCUGGUGCGGACGCGCACAUCGCGGCGUGGUGGAGCGGGCUGGGCGCGGCGCUGCACGCGGGGAGCGGCGCGCGCGCGCUGGCCGGGUGGCGCGGCGUGGCGGGCGCGCGGGCGGCGCUGGCAAGGGCGGGC